UCACUUCACGAUCUCUGGUAACGGUUAUAUCAACGGCAGACUUAAUUCGACUCGAUCGUUAUACAUUUCGAAUGCUGCGUUUGUCCCUGAAUGCAAAUUAUGUUGGCGUUUAAACAUAAGACGGUUAAACCACAAGUUAUGAAAGACAACCACAGUUGAACAGGCAGACCAAUUACACGCCAUGGCUCCGCUCCCCAGGAGGUAAAAGAAACACUGUGAUCCUUCCCACGUUGGGUGGACUGAGAGCUGAAGCCUCCCCCACCUCCUCACCUCGGGGCUAACGCUCACACUUGGAAGAGAGAAAGUCUUUGAAAGCGGAGCAGAGGGAACGUGGACCCACUCCGUCGACCAGAACUACGGGCUUCAUGGAGGGAAGAUGAUACACCAGACUGGGCCCACCAUCAACUGCUGGCCAACCUCCAGGAUGUUCGUGAACUUGAGGCGCAUCCGAAAAUGCCAGUUGGUGCAGCUGAUGACAAGCUGCCUGCUGCUGUCGGUGGUAAUGAUCUGCUGGGAGCAGCUGGACUCAGCCGUCGUCAGCCACGUCAAGUCCUACUCCUUCCGCUACCUCAUCAACAGCUUCUACUACGUUAAUAGGAGCCUCACUAUUCCUCGCGAGCAGGCCAGAAGCUUCAGUGACUUCCCCUACGUGUUGGACCACCCCGACAAGUGCGCAGACAAGGACGUCCUCCUCCUCGUCUUCGUAAAAUCCUUCCCGGAGAACUUCGAGCGUCGAAACGCCAUCCGAACCACCUGGGGCAACGAGGGGUACAUCCAAAAUACCCUGGGCGUGACGGUCAAGGUCCUGUUCGCCUUGGGAACCGUUAGGAGGAAAAAGACCGAGCCUUUGUGGAGCAAUAAGAGCGACAGCGGCUUCCGGAGGAAGCUUGUCCACGAGGACGCCGUCUACGGCGACUUGAUCCAGAAGAACUUCAAGGACUCCUUCCACAACCUGACCCUCAAACUCAUCAUGCAGUACCACUGGAUGCACAGCCGCUGCGCCCACGCCCGCUUCUUCAUGACCACGGACGACGACGUCUUUGUCCACAUGCCCAACCUGGUGAGGUACCUGCAGGAGCUGAGCAGCCAGGGGGUCACCGACUUCUGGACGGGGAGAGUGCACAUCGGAGCGCCGCCCAUCCGCAGAAAAGACAGCAAGUACUACGUUCCCUACGAGAUGUACCAAUGGUCGACUUACCCCGACUACACGGCCGGGGCCGGCUACGUCGUCUCCGGCGACGUGGCCCAUAAAAUCUACCACGCCACGCUGACCCUGAACGCCUCCCUCUACAUAGACGACGUGUUCAUGGGCAUCUGCGCCAACGCUGUCAACGUGACGCCACAGCAGCACGUUUAUUUUGCGGGAGAGGGCAAGGCACCGUACCACCCGUGUAUCUACAGCCAGAUGAUGACCUCUCACGGCCACGUGAAGGACAUUUAUGAACUGUGGCGGGAGGCGACGCACCCAAAGGUCCAGCAGAGCACCUCAGGACUGUUCGGGAAGCUGUACUGCACUGUAGUGAGAAUGUAUCUCCUCUGUAAACCCCGGUUUGUCGACACCUAUCCUUGCAAAGCAGCAUUUUUAUAGUAGGCGAGGAGGCGAGAGCCCACUAUAACACCGAUGGGUUCAUUUCUAGAAGUAUUACCUCAGGCCUUUCCCUAGGACCUCUGCCCACACAGUGGUUUACUGCCGCAGAAGAAGCCAGAAAAAACAGGUUGUGUUAUCGCUGCUGGAGUGAGACCUCCAUCUUGUCUAUGAAUUUUUGUCGUGGUCAUUUUUAAAGUGCAGGCGUUGUGGGAAGACCACAGAAUGUGAAAUUAAAGUUCUGCAAAGAUG